AUGGCUUUUUCAAUUGGUUACACUUCGAGUGCCGGACCCUGUAGUAUAAUUAAUCGCACAAUAGGUUUUCAUCCUUCUUGGCAGAACGCAGAAGUCAAUUCAAGUUAUUUUGCCACCUUGCCUAUGGCAAAUGAAUUUAUACCUAGUACACAAACUUUUGGAAGAAAUUUUGACCAAACUUUUGGCGAUAUAGUUAGAUGCAAAAAUUGCAAUAAACCUUAUAAAUACAUUAGAAAUCUUCAAAGGCACAUGAAAUAUGAAUGUGGAGUUGCUCCAAUGUUUCAGUGUUUUCCAAAUUAUCCGGCUACUUCAAAAUCCUCGAAACAAGUAUUCUUCCAAUGUCGAGACUGUGGAAAGUUUUACAAAUAUGAAAGAAAUUUACAAUCUCAUUUGAAAAAUGAAUGUUUCUUCUAUUGCGGCUACGAUCCAUUAGGAAAACUGGCUGCCAUCCAAAGGAAAGACCAGUUUACCUUGAACACUGUAGUUAAUGAAAAUGCAUCUUUCAAAUGCAAAAAAUGUAGCAAAACAUAUAAAUACCAAAGCAGUCUUUAUAAUCAUGUUACAUAUGAAUGUGGAAAUCCACCGAAAUUUCAAUGUCCAGUUUGUCCAUAUAAAGCUCACAGAAAAGGAAAUCUUGCCUUUCAUAUCAAAAAUAGACACCCGGAAUUUGCAAUGUUUUCUGUACAAGAAAUGGGAAUAUAA